UGGUUCCUUUUUGUAAUUUUCAUCAUUGUCUCUCUGUAACUUUCCAUCCUGCUUUAGUUUAAUACUACCAGCAAACUUUAUUAGUGUCUUUUUGCAAGAAUUUUCACAUAUGUUAUAAGGAGCAUAGGAAACAUGUUUCUCCUGCUAGAGAACUUCAUAUAAAUCAGUGGGUGUGUUUUCCACUUCUUCAGUGGAAAAAACUUAGUAAGCCAAACCUUCAGGGAAAUAAGUAUUGUAGACCGUGUAUGCUGGAGUUAGUGACCUCGUUUGGGCUUUCCUCAUUAAUUUAUUUAUUUAUUUUUAAUUUGAAUGUAAACUUGCUAAUUGUGAAUAUCUACAUUUUGAAAUAAAUUAUUUGCUCUUGAUAGUUAAAUUUAUGUUCUAUCCCAACUAUAUUUUAAAAAAUAAAAUCGAGAUUACUCUCUCCUUUAAUCAUAGUCAUCAGAGUGUAGAGUUUAGAAACUUCGUAUCACUUAACACAAGGCCUUAAGCCAUGGUGAAUAUCAGAGUCUAAGGUGUACCAUGCUUCCUGCAAGUAUGUCAUGGCUAAGAAGUGUUCUUAAGUGGUGUCAUUUUAUUACUCUUAGUGUACUUAUUCUUAGCUUGACACUAUUGUUUUGUAUUUUUAUAGACCAGAUCUUUUGUAGAAAAUAAAAGAGUUUUAUACUGGAAACUGACACCACUUAAGAGUAAACUACAUUCACUAACUAAUUAUAGAGAAGUUUAAACUGUAAGUUUCAUAGCUAAACAAAAUUUUUCAUGUAAUUGCAUGAGAUAAAUUGUUGUCUGUUUAGGAAAUUAUAUCUUCCAAAUACAGUGUGUUUAUGAAGUGCUCUUUGCCUAUUCUAAUUUUUUAAAAUUCUGUUUUAAAAAGGAUUAGGUUUUGUUUAAAACAAAGUAAACGUAAAUUAGUAAUUAGUAAAAUAUUAGAUAUUUCACUUACAGAAUCUUAGAAUUCCACCAUAAACUAUAAAUGUUACUGAUUUUAUGUGUAAAUAUUAUUGAUUCUGUUUUUUUAUGUAAGCGGAUGACCCAUAAUCUUAGAAUAUGCAUUGCAAAUGAUGUUUUUACUAAUCAUGAAAGAAAACACAUUAUGUGAUCGUUCCUAUGCAUUAGGUACUUUGGAAAGCACUUGACAUACACUGUCUACUUAUUCAUUCCUCAAAACAACUCUAUAAGGAUACAAUCCCCCUUUCUCAGAUGAGUAAAAUUGAGAUUUAGAGAAGUUAAAUGACUUGCACAAAACACACACUAAGUGAAGAAUGUAGUGCUUGAAACUAUUAUCUGUUUCUAAAGCCAUUGUUCAUAUUAAUCUUAUCAUGUUCUUCACCGGGCAGAAAUUCUUUCAGUGUACUGAGACAGUUUUGAUAGUGUGACUAUUCAAAUAACAACAGUCAAGUGUCAUUCUGACAGUACUGUGAUUUUCGAGCAGUGACUUACACCCAGCAGAUGUUGCCACCCACAUCUGACACUCUGAGCCCUUUCUCUUCUCAAAUCUUAGUCUGCUAGUCGAGACUUGGGCUCCUUUUUCUCUCCUGAAAUGAUACUCAUAGACUCCAAAGGAAAACUCCACCUAAACGUCCACCAAGAAAACACAUCGUGGAGCGCAAUACGGAGUUUUAUCACAUACCGACUCACAGUGAUGCCAGCAAGAAGAGACUGAUGGAGGACACUGAAGACUGGCGUCCGAGGACUGGAACAACUCAGUCUCGCUCUUUCCGAAUCCUCGCCCAAAUCACUGGGACUGAACAUCUGAAAGAAUCGGAAACUGAAAAUACAAAGAAGGCAAAGUUUGACAGUUCUUGGGAAGACCUACGUAGGAGUGGACCUCCCCGACCUGCAGCACCUCAGGUUUUACAUAUUGGUAGCCAAGUAGCCACACUCUCCAAAGUGACUACAUAUUCUAGCAGCAACAUAAGCAGUGUGGCAACAAGUUCUUUGGAAGGUUUUCGAAACUUUUCUACCUUCUCUUCUCCUGCUAGAUACAGUGCUGCGGCUCUGAGCAGCGCAGCUGCUACUGUGUCUGCUGUUCUUGCUGCAAAAACCAGGCUCUCCAGUCCUGAUAAAUAUCACACACUCUUGGAUGCACUUAGCAUCAGCCCUGUUUCCAAGCCUUUAGCUUUUUCGUACCUCCAGGCCUCCAGGAAGUCAACUGGCUCUAUCCAUGUUAAGGAAGCAAGCAACACCCAGGAGACUCCUCAGCAAUUGGUCCCAUCAGUAGCUUCAGCUCGGAGCAUGCCUGAGAGACAGGAGAGCCCAGCGGCCACUAGACCAGGGGUGGCUGGUCUCACAACUGCUGCUGCCUUCAAACCUCCAGGAUCCACCAACGUUAUCAAAUCUCCAAGCUGGCAACAGCCAAACCAAGCAGCACUUUCCAGUGGAAGAAUCUCAAACAGUGCGGCCUCAUCAGGAGCAGUAGCACCAGCCAACUCAGCCAGGGGACAGCCCCAGUCACAUGACCAAGGCACUUUAGUGCAAAGAGCUGAGCACAUUCCUGCAGGGAAACGAACUCCAAUGUGUGCCCACUGUAACCAGGUCAUCAGGGGACCAUUCCUAGUGGCACUGGGGAAAUCUUGGCACCCAGAAGAGUUUAACUGUGCUCACUGCAAAAAUACAAUGGCCUACAUUGGAUUUGUAGAGGAAAAGGGAUCCCUGUAUUGUGAGCUGUGCUAUGAGAAAUUCUUCGCUCCUGAAUGUGGUCGAUGCCAAAGGAAGAUCCUUGGAGAGGUCAUCAAUGCUUUGAAACAAACUUGGCACGUUUCCUGUUUUGUGUGUGUGGCCUGUGGAAAACCCAUUCGUAAUAAUGUUUUUCAUUUGGAGGAUGGUGAACCAUACUGUGAGACUGAUUAUUAUGCCCUUUUUGGUACCAUAUGCCGUGGAUGUGAAUUUCCCAUAGAGGCUGGCGACAUGUUCCUGGAGGCCCUGGGCUUUACCUGGCAUGACACCUGCUUUGUAUGCUCAGUAUGUUGUGAAAGUUUGGAAGGUCAGACCUUUUUCUCCAAGAAGGACAAGCCACUUUGCAAGAAACAUGCUCAUUCUGUGAAUUUUUGAAAGUCAACAGCUCAGGGGAGGAGAAGAAAUUUGAAGAGAAAGAGAAGAAUUAGAAUUACCGAUUAGUUUUUAGAUUUAAUAUUUGUAGGAGUUUUGAAAAAUAAUAGUGACCCUGAAGGGAUAAAUUCCAGCUUUAAAAACCCAAGUCUAUGAGGAAAUAUUUGGCUUCGUAAAGUAGAGAGACAGUUUGGCAUUUAUGAUUACUUUUUCCUCUAUUUUCUGCCCAUAAAAUAACUUUUAUAAAAGCCAAUUUCCUGGUUGACUAUUAAAUUCAUCAUAGAAUAAAUUAGUGAAGAAUUAAACUUUAGAAUAAAAACCUCUAACAUUUAGGCUGAGGUGAUUAUACUUUCUUUCCUUGUUAAGUAGUUCUGAGUAAAUCUGUAAAAGGCAAUGAAAAUUGCCUUGCAUCGUCAGUAGGUAAAAUGUAUUUUUUCAAAAAUAGUGCUUAUCUUUAAAACAGGAAAUAGUUUAAACAGAAUUUUAUCAGUAGUAGGUAUCAGUUUUUUAAAAAACCGUAUGUACUUUUUUGUCUUCUAGCUGAUCAUUCCAGUGGGGAAGACCAUUGAGAUUUUUUAUCAAAAUGUGUCCUGCCAAUAGGAGGUGUGAUAUUUCUCUCAUCUACCCCCCUCCAAAAAGCCACCAUGUAGUUUCUAAAUGUCAAAUUUUUUGCCUUUUAUUAAAAUAUGGCCAUUUCUAUUUAUGUAUUCAUUGUUUUAUCACCUAUAUUAGUCAAACUCCAUUUUUCCCCCUUCCCUCAUGCUGAGGUUAAGAGAGUAAGUAGAAAAGAGUGUGGUUAAGAAUUAUGGUAAAUCAGAGGAUUGUAUCCAAAAUUUUUAAAAAUCUCCCCCUUUUGGACAAUAAGUCCAUUAGAUAAGUUUCAGAUCUGUACUACUGACUGAUAAAGGUUCGAGAACUCUCUUUGCAGAAUAAUUUUUUCUUUGAUUCUGCAUUAGAAAAGUAAAAGAUUGGCUUGGGGAUGUGAUAAAAUCUAGGAUUUUUGUUUGUUUGUUUUCUUUCAGUAGCUCUCUCAAUAAUAAAUGAACCACUUCCAAAUGUGAUCAUGAAGUUUGGAAAACGUUUACUCCCAGAGGUUGGUAGUAUAGGAGGGAAACAUGAUCAGUCGCCCAGACUGGCUCGUUAUUUGUUUUCUGUAUUUGGGCGGGCGGGGGGGGGGGGGGAAUUAUGUAGAUAACACAUGAAGACAGAGCAACCAUUGUGGUGAAAUUGUGAAUUGUAUUGAUAUUUGCCCAGUGAGAAAACAGAUUAUGACAUUGAAUAGUUUUUCCCUUUGUUUCUAGAAUGGAUGCAAGCCCAUGAUCCCACUAAGGUAUAAUAUCAAUUUGUCUGGGGCAAGGUGCUUUUAAAGUUGAGACAGAACCCCAAGCCCUCCCUGCCCCAUAACUCACUAACGACUUCACUUCCAUUGUGUGUGUGUGUGUGUGUUUGUUAUAGAGGGAGGUUUUAGGCUCUAAUAUUUGUUUAACCUCCCUAAGAACUUUGCAAGGCAUCUGUCCUGAAAGCUGUUAAUUUAUGGCCUAGCAGAUUUAUAUUAUAUACAGAUAAUAAUUAACUGGGAAUAAAAGAAUGAACAGGGUGACAUGAAGUGGCUUCACCAGUAGCAACCCCCAACUACCUCCUCGCCCUGCAUCUGUAGGGAGGCAGGAAGUUUUAUUUUCGAAACAGAGUGCUGGGACUGAAUUGUGCGUUAUUUCUCAUUGCUGCUGAAACCACCUGUAGAGUUCGUGCUGGCUAAUGUGCGUGGUCACAUAUCUUAAUGUCAGUCUCUUUCUUUACGUGAUAUAAAUUGGUGGUUUUGUUUUGAUGUAGUAGAGAUUUUUUUUUUUUUUUGGUUGUUUAGUUUUGCCUUUAUAGAUUCUGUGCCAAGAUAGUAUUUGAAAAGUCAGUGGCAUUUAGGUAUUUCCUUUAAAGAAUUUUAUUUGACCUGGAUUUCUUAUUAAGUUACCUUACACUAAGGAUCUCAUUUUUAUUCGAUUUUUCUUCAUACACACUAUUCAUGGAGCGUAAUUUUGCAUUCCUCUAAAUUUUGUCCCUAAAAGGAUAACAUUACUUCUUCCUAAUUUAUCAUUUUGUCUUUGUGCUUUGUCCUCUUUUGUGGCAAAGCUUUAUAUCUGUUCCUAAAACAGUUAAUCCUGUGAAAUAAAUAUUGAUUAUAACCCAGAAGAAUCUCUGUAUUUUCCAGUGGGGAAUGCCAUAUUUAAUAUACCAGCAUUAAUCUUUUAAUAACUGGCAGAGCACUUUAUUCUUCUGGCGAGCUCCCUGAAUAUUUAUUUUUCUGAUUAUAAAUAUUCCAGAUCAGUAGCAUUUUUUUUUUAAUUAUUACCUCUUUACUGUAGAGCAUUUACUUGUAGUCUUUCUUGAUGUAUAUUUUGGAAUGCUGUACUUAGUAUAAUACAGAUUAAAAUUACAGUAUAUGACUCUAAAGCAUCCCCCACUUGUAUUUCCCAAAUUCGAAAAUGCUAGUGACAGGUUCCAAUUUAUAACAUUUUGUAGACUUCCAAGGGCUGAAUGUUGCCCACUGGAGUGGCGGCCGAGAGAGGAUCCCCACUGUUUAUGUUCAUAGCAGCAUACUAUUUCUUACGGAUUCGGGCUCCAUUUACAGCCGAACACUACAGUCUCGUCAUUUGGUCACAGUGUUAAGACCGAUAAGAGUUGCAGUCUUCCAACUGUCAGUUGAAACCUUAUGGUUAAAAGUCAUCUACAACAAAAAUGUUUUCAUGGUGCCAUUUUCACAGGGUAGUGUACUAGGACCACUUUCAUAGAAAAUAAUUCCUUCCUCUCCCUUGUUCAAGUAGGAAUCUAGUGUUGUAUUAACAUUUUUGUAACGUUUAGAGUUUUUUAAUCAUCCCUGUUGAAAGGCGAGGCCUUUCAGACAUAAGAGAGGGGGAAACACUGAAUAAUUUUACACGGAUCUAAUGUGGCAUCACUGUCAUCCCUAAUCCUCCGCAUGUUUUAAGAUACUGGCUUUGGAUUUUCAAAAUAUCAUUUGCCUUUCUGUUAAUCUGUAUUUUCUGUUGCUUUACAUUUUUCGGUUUGUAUAUGUCUGUACUGUUUUGCUUUUGGCUAUAUUUUCGAAUAAACACCACAUGAGAAAUAUAAUCAGCAUAGUUACACCUUAAUGUGCACAUAAUAAAUAAAUGGCCGCAGUGAUGUAAA